AGGUGCUGCGACGACCGAGACCUCCGCGCGACGGUGUAAACAUCCAGCAUUGUAAAAGUGAGAUGGAAUUGAGUGUGUGACACAAGUGAACGAAAUUAAAAACAAAACAAAACUCUUUAUUUAAACUGUGUUAGUGAAACUAAAUUAUUUAACGAUAAAAUAUACUUUUAAAUUAAACUUGUGCUAACUUUAGGAAAGAUUGAAUGGACGAUUAAAAUUUUGAAAACUUAAACAAACUUGAAGUAUGUCAAGUAUAAGUGAACGGUGUUGCAGUGCAGUGAUAUUUUUGAGUACAGUGUAAUAGAAACACGAUGUGAUAGAACGUUCACAAUGUGGGCGGCGGAGCUGAGCUGUUUUUUUAUUUUAUUCGGUGUAACAGCCGGCGGCGGAGGGUGGGAACCUCUGGGACAGCCUUACUUCGACAACAGCACGAAGCGAGAGGCUACCGCCGCCGUGGGACAACCCGCGUAUCUACACUGCAGGGUCAGAAACCUCGCAGACAGGGCGGUAUCAUGGAUUCGUAAACGCGAUUUGCACAUUCUCACCGUGGGUGUGCACACAUACAGCAGCGAUGCGCGGUUCGCAGCGCUACACGCGGACGGCUCCGACGAGUGGACGCUACGUGUGGCUCCUGCACAGCCUCGCGAUUCCGGCGUUUACGAAUGUCAAGUGUCUACUGAACCCAAGAUCAGUUUAUCGUUUCGAUUAACUGUCGUUGUGUCGAAGGCGGAAAUUUUAUCCGGGCCAGAGUUGUUCGUGAGAGCGGGCUCUGAUAUCAAUCUCACUUGCGUCGCUAAGCACGCCCCCGAUCCUCCGAGUUUUAUAUACUGGUACAGAGGGGAGCAAGUGGUCAAUUAUGCUCAACGCGGAGGCAUAAGUGUUGAAACUGAACAGCGCACGCGUACCAGUCGCCUACUCAUAGCUCGUGCAGCUCCCCACGAUUCUGGAAACUACACAUGCGCGCCCAGCAGUUCAGAAUCCGCAUCGGUGAUUGUUCACGUGUUGAGCGGAGAGAGGCCGGCCGCCAUGCAGAGCUCCGGUCCACCGCCGCCGCGCGUCUCACCCGCGGUUUUGGCUACCAUAGCUACCGCCUCUACUGUCCAUCGACGAAGACCCUGGCUGCCCGUCACUAUAUCCAUCCUUGUCUACCAACUUACCUCAAUCUUCAUAGUCAUGUUUAUCGUUUUCACCAGUGUAGUUAUUCAAUUUUUCAUAAAUAAAACCCAAGGUCAAUCAAACCUACGUGAUUCAAGGUGACCAAUUACGGAUUGAAUUUUAAAAGGGGAUGUAAUUAUACAUUAUUUAUAAGCUGCUUUGUGUAAAUUAAAACUGUUAAAUGAAACUGCGUUGAGCACGAUGUGUAUUUGAAAUACAACGAUUUUAUAAUAUAUUGUGACUUUUAAUGGUCAGUAAAUUAUUUUAUGACUUAAAUAUAAUAUAAUGCGGAUUCAUUUAACUUAUCAAAUUAACAUCCGACUUUAAAGACUAAAUUAGGCAGUUAAUGAAUAUAAUAGCUCAAUAAGUCCCUCAUAAAAAUGGAGGCUAUUAUUUCAAUAAUAAUUGUCGUUAAGGAUAUUAACGUUUCGCAUUUACGUCGGCCGGUUUAGGUAUUUAAGAGAUUAUUCGUCGCUUAUUCUCUUUCGUUUCUCCAGCUAAAUACGGCCAUUCUUAAUCCUGUAGCAAGAUUAAGAGCGAAUCGAUUUCAUUAUUCCGAUCCGCUAUGAGCUUAGAUUCAAUAUAAGCAGAGCUUAAGUCAAUGUGUUACUUAUUUAAGACGGCGGUCGGUCAAUUUACCACGUAUUUGUUCCAUCUAAACAUUCGUGUAAUACAAAUAAACUGGCUUGUUAUAAAUACAACAAGUUACUGGAUAAAUAUUUGAUUUCAUAUUUAAAGUACAUUAUCGAGAACAAUGUAAAGAUACUGAGCAUGUCAAGUACAAGGAACCAAGUAGGGUACGUCAAAAAUUUUCCGCGAGAAUUGCGACGUUGACAAUUUUCAGUGAAAUUGCUUCCAAUAUGGAGCACAAGCCGUGUUGUUGAUCACGCGGGAUAGUGAACAGACUAUACAAUAAUGUUGCACGCUUGAGCGCUGUGUCAAGCUACUUGGGACCCGUGAAUCAAAUUUUCACUAUCAUCAAUAAGUGCUUAGCAUACUUUAAGGUGAUUUGCAUCCGCACGAAACUAAUAAAUUUUUAAUUUCAGCUUUUAUAUACUAUAUAGGUUU